GAUGCUGGAAGGGACACGCGAUCACUCAAAGGACACCUUGCAUAGCACAACAAUACGUGGGGAAGGAGGCGGGCGCACUCACCUCUAGUCACUCGUUCAAUCUAUCCGACGAGAGAAGGAUUAGGGCCUUCGGCGCAUCGAAACGGACCGGACAGGCAACUGGCGGCAUCAAAAUGGACGGUGACCCGGCGGUGGAGCCGCAGCUCGACAGGUUCAGUCGCAUACUGCCACUGCCUUAUCGAGUUGCUUUGAUUAUCGUAAUGGGCAUAUGGGCCUGGGGCUUGAAUCUCCACUACCUCUCCCUCAUUCGCAUCGACGUUCCCUCCCUCAUUCGGUACCCGGCGCGCAACUCUCCGCACCACCCACCGCAUUAUCUAUCUUGCUACCGCGUCGCGCUUUCCCUCACCGUACCGCUCGUCCUUUCCCUGCUCCUCUUCUGGAGUCUCACCAACGGAAGUCCCGCCGACAUCGCCGCAUGGGAGAUCCUGCCGAACCUGUACCUUAUCGUCCUCGUCAUCGGAUUCAUUGUACCCAUACCCUUCGUGAGCAGGAAUGGAAGACACCGGACACUUGCAACUCUGAAAAGGAUCAGCAUAGGAGGCAUCGCAGAGGCGCAGGACGGAAAAUUUGGGGACAUCUUGCUCGCCGAUGCAUUGACGAGCUACGCGAAGGUGCUGGGUGAUCUUUUUAUUAGCCUGUGCAUGUUCUUCUCGUCUAAACACAGCUCCACGGGCCCGCCAAACCGCAACUGCGGCGGCUUCUUCUGGGUCCCCUUCAUCAUAUCCGUACCCUCGCUGAUCCGUCUCCGCCAAUGUCUUACCGAGUACGGGCGCGUGAAAAAGGCAAACAAGCAGGCAGGGCAGGCUAGCGCCGCGACAGGUUGGGGUGGUGUCCAUCUUGCCAACGCCUUGAAGUACAGCACGGCGUUUCCCGUAAUCAUCCUCUCUGCCAUGCAACGAAGCCCAGACCCCUCCAAAUAUGGCAUGUCCGACAAAACCCUUUUCCGCUUAUGGCUUGCUGCAGUCUUCGUCAACUCAGCGUAUUCUUUCUGGUGGGACGUUAGCCGAGAUUGGGAUCUGACGCUCCUGCUGAGCAAAAGAGAGAGGGAAAACCCCGAGCAUCCGUACGGCCUGAGACGACAUCGCUGGUUCCACGCAAAGGAGUUCUACUACACGGCAAUCGGGAUUGACGCCGUGCUGAGGUGCACGUGGAGCAUCAAGCUGAGUCCGCAUCUGGAUCAUUUCAACGAUCUGGAAGGCGGCAUCUUCAUGAUGGAGGCAUUGGAGGUGUUCAGAAGAUGGGUUUGGAUUUUCUUCCGUGUUGAGACGGAGUGGGUGCGUAACCAUCGGGGCCCCGCGCCUGACGACAUCCUUCUUGGCGACUUUGCGAACGCAUCGAGCAAGUAUGAUGAGGACGACUGAUUGACUUACGGUCGAAUGGCUUUGAAUGAAGCGUGCGUAUCGCAUAUGCAUUUUCCGGCGUCCUUGAGCGUUCCUAGAGGUAGAUAAACACAAUGCUAAGAUAGCAGCUUAUGCAUUAAUUACCCCAAC